UUCCUUCCCCACCACCACCUGAUGUUACACCAAUAUUUCCAUGGCUAACACCUCCAGAUACUACAAACUCUCCACCACCAGACUUAAUUCUCCCACCUCCCAUACCAGAUUUACCACCAGAUGGCUUUACACUAUCUCCACCAUUUGUCCCAUCUUUUUCUAUGCCAUUAUUACCACCACAAGAGCCAUUAUUUUCAUUUUCACCACCAAUCAUUUCAACCCCACCUGCACCAGACGCUGGUGUAAAUCAGCCAUUACCACCAGAGCUAAUUCUUCCACCUCCCCUACCAGAUUUACCACCAGAUGGGUUUACACUAGCUCCACCACAGUUUCCAACAUUACCACCACAAGAUCCAUUUUUUUCAUUUUCACCACCAAUCAUAUCAACCCCAACAGUACCAGAGACCUUUCUGCCGCCUCCCUUGGUGGAUCCUGAUGUUCCACAAGAACCUCUUCCGUUUUGGUCCACGCCACCAGCACCUGAUAUGGUUUUUGAUGAACCAGUACAGCCAUUAAUGUCACCACCGCUUCCUUUCUUGUCUCCUUUUCAGCUUCCACCAUAAUCUGAUUCUCCUCCAUUUAAGAACUAAAUUGCAUCUUCAACCUUUCGUCCACUUCAAAUAAAUAAGUUGUAACUUGUAAAUCACUGAAAACUUUGGCUUGUGAAUUAAUUUUUCAUUUGUUCUGUGAUGCAUGUUCUCUUAUAAUGUCUUGUUUGCUGGUUGAUGAUGACAUCUAUAGAAUAGGAUGAGGAGAAAU